AUGGACACUGAGAACCUCCUUGCCAUUUUAGACCUCCCGGCGGCUGCAUCGCAGGAGAUCCGUUCGAUCCUGACGGACUUUACUGCCCUGUCGCCGGCUGACAGGAAUAAUACCCGUACUCGGAUCGUCGACAAAAUCUUCCCGCUUGUCUUCGGUGAUGAUGCAGCCACCAGCGAGACAGCGGCGUAUGAAACUCUCCGGAAGUCCCCCUGGUCGACAAACUGCUACCUUUCCCCGCAUGCAAUCGUGACGCCCUCGAGCGCCGCCGGCGUUGCCAAGGUCCUAGCCCUAUGCCGAUUCCUCAACGUCCAGUUCUCCAUCCGGAGCGGAGGACAUCUGCAGAAUCCCGGCUUCACGAGCAAUGAAGGCGGCGUCGUCAUUAGCAUGAGUAAAUUGACGGAUCUCACUCUCUCCAAGGAUGGGAAGACGGCGGAUAUCGGUCUGGGGCUGAGGUGGUUGGACGUAUACAAAGGACUGGAGGAGCAGUAUGGGGUUACCGUGACGGGAGGACGGGUGCCAACUGUCGGUGUUGGUGGCCUGCUUCUCGGAGGAGGGCUGUCGUUCCAGAAUAGCGAGCAUGGCCUUAGUUGUAUGGGAGUUGAGGAAUAUGAAGUGGUCCUCGCCGAUUCCACUAUGGUCAAAGCCAACCGCGUCACCAACUCCGACUUAUUCUGGGCCUUGAAGGGAGGAGGGCCGAAUUUUGGCAUCGUAACCAAAGCCAAAAUGGCCACCGUCUCCAGCAAAGUCUGGGCCGAAGGACGCGUCUACUCACCCGACGUAAACGGACGACUCCUAGAUGCACUGAUGAAAUACCACGAAGCCUCAGAAACAGACAAAAAGGCCAGUCUGGUGUUCCAAUCCGUCAACGAGGCCACCGUUGUCGUAUUCUUCUACUGCGCACCCAUGGACAACCCGCCCGUUUUCCAGUGUUUCCACGACGUCCCCUUCCUGGCUCGUCUGGUGCCGCCUGGCUGCCGAUCUGUCUAUGACGUUGUACAGGGAUUUGCGAGCUUGAAUCCUGUGAAUCCGAAGUGCCAUGAGAUGAGAACAAUGUCCAGUCUUCCAGACCUGGAAGUCUACCAAGCUGCCGAGCAAUGUCGACUGAAACAGGUGGAGGCAAUAAAAGAGGUUCCCGGGGCUCUUCUGACAAUGGUGAUCCAACCGCUGUCCACGAGCACGAUGGACGCCUGUAAUGCAAAGGGAGGGACGCCGUUGGGUCUAAACGCACAGAACCAUCAGUGGCUCCUCCUCAUGGCCGACUGGUCCGAUCCCUCCGACGAGCCGAUCAUGCGAGAAGCAUGUCGUGCCGUGAUCGAAGAGGCAGAGAACGUCGCCAAACGAAACGGAACAUAUCUCCCGUUUGUCUACUCCAACUAUGCAUCGCGCGACCAGGAUCCGCUGGCUAGCUAUGGUGCGGAGAAUGUGAAGAAGCUGAAGGAGAUUGCACAGAAAUAUGAUCCUGAUGGUGUUUUUCAGAGGUUGCAGUAUGAUGGGUGGUUGUUGUCGAGGAGCCUGGCUUGA